AUGGGGAUUAUCGUCUCGAUAUAUAACCUGGGAUGCUUCACGGGUUGCAUUGUGAACUUCAUCAUUGGCGAUUGGCUCGGGAGACGGAGAGCCAUGUGGCUAGCUAUGGUUUGGGUGACUAUUGGAGCCACAUUGCAAGCGUCUGCCUUCUCCGUUCCGCAUCUCAUGGUCGGUCGAUUUGUUACAGGCAUCGGUACAGGCAUUGAAACGUCGACGGUGCCUAUGUAUCAAUCCGAGCUAUGUGAGGCCUCGAAACGCGGUAAGCUUGUCUGCAGCGAGCCGUUGCUAGUUGGCGUGGGGAUUGUGAUCAGCUACUUUUUUGAUUAUGGAAUGAGCUUUGUUGGAGGUCAGAUUGCUUGGAGACUUCCAAUCGCGUGUCAGAUGAUAUUCGCCUUUGUGGUCAUCGUGCUUGUGUUCGGUCUUCCGGAAUCUCCCAGAUAUUGCUACAAGGAGGGACGGAACGACCAGGCGUUGCAAAUUUUAAGUGAUGUUUAUGGUCGACCAAAAGAUGAUCCGAAGAUUUUGGCCGAGCAGGCGGAGAUUCUAGAAGCUCUUGCUGUUGAAACGAAACAUGGAGAGUACAAAUGGAGAAAUAUUCUGAAGCGAGAUGAAGUUUCCACAGGCCACAGAGUUUUGCUUGCCUACGGAAUGCAAUUCAUGAACCAGGUCGGCGGUAUCAAUCUGAUCGUAUACUUUAUCCCCACCGUCCUCAGCAAUAACGUCGGACUGAGCAAGAACCUCUCGCUCAUCAUUGGAGGAUGCGUACAGAUCAUGUUCGUAGUGGGUAGCUUGUUUCCCACGUUCUUUGUGGAUCGCGUUGGUCGAAGAACACCCAUGAUCUGGGGCUCAUUCGGUCUGGGCAUAUGCAUGAUGAUGGUGGCAAUUCUUCUCAGUUUUAAAGCUCAAUUUACGCUGGAGGAAAUUGAUUUCCUCUUCACAAAUCCGGAAAAGGGACCCGUGAAGCUCUCGAAAGAGCUUCGCAAGGAAAGGACACGGGGAAAUGGGAGGAGCCUUGUCACCGACACUGGUAUCAUGAGACGAAUGAGCGUACCUGGAAAGAAGGAACAAGGUGGAAUGACAUUUGAGGAGCAAGUUGAGAAAGUCUAG